AUGUGUCUGAUUCAGAGUUUCGUCGGAGAAGGAGGAAGAGCCUCCAGGAGUUAUAAUAGUUCCUUCAGCGUCGAUCUCUUGCGCGCCGGGUGUGGCUGGAAGACGGCGACCGACAGCAACGCGUUCGCCAAUAACGGGGCCAAAGUCUACUUCACGUCGCGCCGCCAGGACGUCAUUGAACGCGCCGCGAAACAUUGGGGCUCUUCCCUCGCUCAUCCUAAGGGGAAACUUGUUCCCGUUACCUCUGACAUUACGUCGAAAGACUCGAUCAAACAACCAGUCCAGGAGAUCAGCAAGCAGGAAGAUCACAUUAACCUGCUCGUGAACAACGCCGGCAUCAGCGAGGGCACAGGCGAUGUUGAGAAGGGUGAUGAGAGUGCCAAGUAUCUCUCAACGGAGCUCUUUCGAGAAGACCCGGUCAGCUGGGAGAACGUCUACAGGACCAACGUCAUUGGAUGUUUCUUCAUGACUACCGCGUUCUUGCCCCUUCUCCACGCAACUUCACAUAGCAACUCACAGCACACCGGCUCCGUCAUCAACAUCUCCUCCAUUUCUGGUAUCACUCGUACCACGCAGCACCACUACAAGUACAAUGUCUCCAAAGCAGCCGUCAUCCACAGUACUUUACUUGCGCAAGAAUUUAGGAGGAAGGCCGUUCAAGUCACUGGUGGCUCCGACGAGUUCAAUAAAUCACAGAUUCCGGUAGGUGAGAACUAUGGAGAAAAUAAAGGAAUCCCUGUAUGUCGUCCUGGACGUGAUGAAGUUAUCGCCCAAGCUGCUUUGCUGCUGGCCUGCAACCAGUACGCGUAUGGACAAGCUCUUGUCAUUGAUGGCAGAAUGUCGACGAUUAUGCACUGUUCCACCUGA